AUGGCUCCUAAUAUUAUCAAGUACGCCAAAAACCAGCCCGCCGGGUUCGUCAAUCGCAUCGAGAAAGUCGCCAUUGUCGGCGCUGCUGGAACUAUGGGAAAGUUUGUCACGCACGAACUGCUCAAAAGCGGACAGCAUACGGUGACAGCGAUCACCCGCCACAACAGCGACUCCAAGCUACCAGAGGGUGUCAUUGCUGCCAAGGUUAACUACGACGAUGAAAGCUCGAUUGUCGAAGCUCUCAAGGGACAACAGUAUCUUAUCAUCACUUUGAAGAAUACUGCUGGACAAGACACCCAGCUCAAGCUCGUCAAGGCCGCCGCCAAGGCUGGAGUUCCCUACGUCAUGCCUAACGCCUGGGGUCCCGACCCGAAGAACAGCUCCCUGAUGAGCGAUACUCUUAUCGGCCAAUCAUUCCAAGGCGCAGUGAAAGAGAUUGAGCAACUAGGGGUCAGUGAAUGGAUCAUCAUGUCUUGUGGCUUCUGGUAUGAGUUUAGCUUGGCGGGCUCGCCAGACCGGUAUGGUUUUGACAUCAAGAACAAGUCGGUCACUUUCUUCGAUGAUGGUGAUAUCAAGGUGAACAAUUCUACCUGGAACCAAUGUGGUCGCGGUUUGGCUGCCUUUCUCAGCCUGAAGUGGUUACCCGAGGACGAGAAUGACGCGUCUCCCACUAUUCAGAAGUGGGCAAACGACGUGUUCUACGUCUCUAGCUUCUUGGUGUCUCAGCGCGAAAUGUUCGAGAGUCUUAAGAGGGUUACGGGCACGGAGGACGGUGAUUGGGAUAUCAAGCAUCAGAGUUCCGAAGAGAGGUGGAAGGCUGGUCAUGAGUCGCUGAGGUCCGGAGACAGGAGCGGUUUCUCAAGAUUGAUGUACGCACGCAUAUUCUUCCCCUCAGCUGACGGGGAUGUUGAGAACACGCAUGGGUUGGUAAAUGAGGCUCUGGGAUUGCCGAAGGAGGACUUGGACAAGGCUACUGAGGAAGGGGUGAGACUCUGCCUGUCUGGAGCCCUUGAUGUCUAUUAG